AUGUUCAAAUUGCGGUCAGCUGGUCAAGCUACGCCUCACUGGGGUCAUCCGGACCAUUGUGUGGCAAUCGCAAUAGAAAAAUUCGAAGAGGACGCUCGCGUUGGAGACAUCCUUAUUGUAAAAGUGAAGAGAUAUGAUGUUGUUGGCGCUUAUGUAAAACCGCUAUGCUUUGCUACAAGAAUUAAACGAGAUUUGGAAUGGUUGGAUUUACAGUUGUUGACACCUCUGUCGGCGCUGUCGCGUCGAGUUGCUGUAGGGCAAUAUCUAGAAGCCCGUAUAUCUAGUGUGAAACCUGUGCAAAUCGAGCUUUUAGAAGUAUGUUUGAUUCAUUUACUCUUUACUGGACUUCUGCUAGUUACAGUUUUUUGCUUCAAUCUUCCUGUUUUUCUAAUUGAAUUAGACUUCUUUCUUUUAACUGGCGUUUUUUCCAAUGUAGGGAUCUGGUUGAGACCAUUGAAAUUGCCAUACUGCUAUUCCAAUCCUUUUCUAUGUAUAAAACUAGUAAGACUGGCGAUGAGUAAAAUCGUAACAUAUUCUAUGGCGACAUGUAUAGGCAUGAAAAAUUGUUCAAACAUUGCACUACUCCGUACUUUAUACUCAAGAUGCACUUAGCA